AUGGAUCAAAUCUUUAUAAUAAUUUUACUUUAUUGGGGGCAUUUCAAUACUAUUUCAUUUUUAAUAAUAAUUGAAAAAUUUUCAAAUACCACUGAAAUAUAGAGUAAGAUAUUUUCAAAGUUUUUGAUUGUGCAUUAAAUGAUGAAAUCGAUAAAAAUACAGGUAAGCUGUUUGUAUUUUUAUUUAUUUAUCAUUUUGAUUUUUUUGACCUAAAAACAAUCUAAAUAUUUUAGAAAACUCAGAAAAUAUUAGAUUGCUAAUUUUAUAGCAAAUUCAAUUCUUUAUUAUUCCUAUUCUUUUCAUCAAAUUAUAAGGAAUCAUUUGACUCACCAUAUUAGAAAAUUGAAAAUAUUGAUCUAACAUCACUUUAUCUCAAAGUUGGGAAAUACAUCAAAAUUUAUUUUCAAUACUCUUAAAGUUACCUUGAAUGCAAUUCCUUCUAUUUUUUCUUAGAUAAAUGUAUCAUGAGGGAUUUGAAUACUAAAAGGCAGUUAAUUGAUAGUGUGCUUUAUUUCUAAGAUGCCACUACAUUAGCUAAAAUUCAGUUACAUAUGGAUACUAAUAAAAAAGUAUGCUUUACCAUAUACUAAACUAUAAUGGAUGUUGUUGCUAAGUUAGGUGGGUUGUUUACAACUAUUAAGGCUUUAUUGAAUUUUUUACUUUAACCUAUCUUGUCGAUUCUCAGGUGA